AUGCGCUGUUCACUCUCCACCAUCGCAUUGGCGACACUGGCCAUAUUAUCAUCACCUAUCAAUGCAGCACCUCAUGCUGUAGAUGAAUUAUCAUGGGAUAAAGCAUAUACCAAAGCACGAGCUUUAGUGGAUCAAAUGACGCUGGAUCAAAAGGUUUCCAUGGCAACGGGAAUGGGAUGGUCAAAAUCGAACUGUGUAGGCAAUACCUACCCCAUCCAUGAUCCAUAUUUUCCAUCGCUUUGCCUACAAGAUGGUCCCUUGGGUAUUCGCUUUUCAGACAACACGACUGCUGGCGUUGCAGGCAUUACGGCUGCUGCAUCCUUUGACAAAGAUCUCAUUUAUAAACGUGGCAAAUACAUGGGAGAAGAAUCCUAUGGGAAAGGCGUCAAUUUUCAACUUGGACCCUCUGUCGACAUUUAUCGCUCACCUUACGCUGGCCGUGGUUGGGAGGGAUUCGGCGAAGAUCCAUAUUUGCAAGGUGUAGCUGGAUCACUUACUGUCAAAGGAAUCCAAAGUCAGGGUGUGAUUGCCACAGGAAAACAUUACAUCCUUAAUAAUCAGGAGUUGAAUCGGACCAGCGCAAGCUCUCAUGCUGAUGAACGAGCUUUGCACGAGAUCUACGUUUGGCCAUAUGCACGCAUGGUGGAAGCCGGCAUUGGAAGCAUGAUGUGCAGCUAUAACCGGGUGGAUGGUGACUACGCUUGUGAAAACGACCAUACUAUCAACCAAAUUCUCAAGGGCGAAUUGGGUUUCAAAGGAUUGAUAAUGACAGAUUGGAGUGCUCAUCAUUCGACUGUCAAAUCAGCAUUGGCUGGGCUCGAUAUGUCCAUGCCAGGGGAUAUCACGUUUGAAUCAGGGACUUCUUGGUGGGGUAGUAAUUUGACGCAGGCCGUCAAGGAUGGUCAAGUCCCUGAAGAUAGAGUCACCGACAUGUCUGUGCGCAUUGCAGCUGCAUGGUACAAGAUACGACAAGAUGAAGGUUUCCCUAAGGCGACACUUGAAAGUUUCCAUCGCAACGAGGCUCCUGAGGUGGUUGUGUCGGAUGAUCAUGCAAAGAUUGUACGUGAGAUUGGUGCCGCAUCGGUGGUGCUAUUAAAGAAUGAAGACAACAUCUUGCCCCUAAAUCAAGACAUCUCUCAUUUGGCAAUCAUUGGUAGCGAUGCUGGACCUAAUUUGGAUGGGAUGAAUUCGUGCCCAGAUAGGGGAUGCGACAAGGGAACAUUGGCUGUAGGAUGGGGCUCUGGAAGUGUUGAUUUCCCAUAUCUUGUGACGCCCAAAGAAGGCAUUGAAGCUCGUGUUGACGAUAAUGUGGAAGUUUCAUAUACAGGCGAUGAUUAUGAUAUAGAUGCUGUUAGCGAGCUUGCAAAAGAUGCCGAUGUUGCUAUUGUCUUUUCCAAUUCUGAUUCGGGAGAACAGUAUAUCACAGUUGACGGUAACGAAGGUGAUCGCCGAAACUUGACACUGUGGGGCAAUGGCGAUAAUUUGAUCCAAGCUGUUGCUGAUGCCAACGAGAACACGGUGGUUGUCAUUCAUGCUGUUGGACCUGUACUUAUGCCAUGGAUCGAUCAUCCCAAUAUCAAGGCUGUCGUCUGGCCUGGUCUUCCUGGUCAAGAAAGUGGCAACUCCCUUGCUGAUGUGUUAUUUGGUGAUGUGAAUCCCAGUGGAAGGCUUCCAUACAGCAUUGCGAAGAAGGAAGAAGAUUACAACGUGAAAAUCUCACCCGAUGAUGAGAUCAACUAUGUUGAGGAAUUGCAUGUUGGAUACAAGCAUUUUGAUGCCCAGGGUAUUGAACCUCUAUUUGAAUUCGGAUUUGGUUUGUCGUAUACUACAUUUGAAUACAGCAACUUGAAGGUCGAUGGUGACAAGGAUCGAGUGACUGCAACCAUCUCCAUUCGCAACACAGGAGAAGUUGAUGGUGCUGAAGUAGCCCAACUCUAUCUUGGUUUCCCUGAAUCGGCCAACGAGCCACCUAAACUGCUACGUGGAUUCGAAAAGGUCUUCCUCAAGGCUGGCAAACAAGAAAAAGUGCAAUUCGAAUUAUCCAAAACCGAUUUGAGUAUAUGGCAAGAAGGCGAAUGGAUGGUGCCUCAAGGAGAAUACAAGAUUUAUGUGGGUGCAAGCAGCCGUGAUAUUCGUCAAUCCGCUACCUUAUCCUUAUAA